AGUUGCCUUCUAUCCUAUAAGGCUCAGCCACAAACCCCGCUCUACACAGAUUGUCUUAUUGUAUGAGCAAGCUCAUUCCAGCAAAACAUAACAAUAAUGGCAAAAGAGCUUCAUGUUGUAAUGCUCCCGUGGUCUGCCUUUGGCCAUAUGAUGCCCUUCUUUCAACUCUCCAUAGCCUUGGCCAAAGCCAAAGUUCAUGUCUCCUACAUAGCCACCCCAAGAAACAUUCAAAGGCUCCCCAAAAUCUCACCUGAUUUACAACCUUUCAUACACCUAGUCCCCAUUUCAUUUCCUCCUUUGGAACCUGACUUCUUGCCUGAAGGAGCCGAGGCCACUGUCGAUGUGCCCUUCGAAAAAAUCGACAAUUUACAGAUCGCGUAUGAUCUUCUCCAGAAACCCAUCAAGCAAUUCAUUGCAGAUCAAAUGCCUGACUGUAUAGUACCCGAUUUCGCUGCUUAUUGGGUGGUGGACAUUGCCAAAGAGUAUGGUGUUCCACUAGUCUACUUCUCUGCUUUCUCUGCAGCUAGCAGUGUAUUCUUUGGGCCCUUGGAAAAUCUCUCCGGUGUGAACAGAAACUACGCUCUUCCGUCACCCCAAAGCUUGACAUCUCCACCAGAAUGGAUCACUUUUCCUUCUUUGGUGGCAUUCAAGGAGUAUGAAGCAAUUUAUGUGCCUCAAGGGUUUUGGGGUAAAAAUAAUACUGGGAUUAGUGGUGCUUCAAGGCUUGCCAAGGUUAUAUCAGCAAGUCAAGCUUUGGCAAUUCGUACAUGUAAUGAGAUUGAAGGAGACUACUUGGAAGUGUACAAGAAAAUUACUAGAAAGCCAGUGAUUCCCAUUGGUGUGCUUCCUCCGGAGAAACCUGGGAAAAGGGAAAAUACGGAAAUGAGCCCUGAUGGGUUUAUGUUUGAUUGGCUCUAUAAACAAAGCCCCAGGUCAGUUGUGUUUGUGGGAUUUGGGAGUGAGUGUAAGCUGAGCAAAGAACAAGUUCAUGAGAUAGCUCAUGGGCUGGAGCUAUCAGAAUUGCCAUUUGUUUGGGGAGUCAGAAAACCCAAUGCAGCUAACGAUGAUGAAGUUGAUGAUUUUCUGCCUUUAGGUUUUGUUGACAGAACAUCAGAGAAAGGGCUUGUUUGCUUUGGAUGGGUGCCUCAAAUGGAAAUUUUGGGGAACCCAUCAGUUGGGGGAUCUUUGUUUCACUCUGGAUGGGGUUCUGUGAUUGAAACUCUGCAAUUUGGGCAUUGCCUUGUGUUGUUGCCCAUCAUUGUUGAUCAGCCUUUGAAUGCAAGGCUUUUGGUGGAGAAGGGUCUGGCUGCCGAAGUGAAGCGCAACGAAGACGGGUCGCUUAGUAGAGAUGAAAUAGCUAAAACACUGAGGCUAGCAAUGUUGGAAGAUGAAGGAGAGCACCUGAGAAGCAAUGCGAGGAAAGCUGCUGCAGUUUUUGGAGAUCACAAGUUGCACCAAGACCACUACAUUGGUGCGUUUGUUGAUUAUCUUAAAAAUAACGUCGCAAAGAGGUGAUCGAUCGAUCAUCCUAGAGUCCUAGACUCAUGGAUCACCAAGACCACUAUGUACUAUAUAUGUUAUCAAAUGAUGGUUUAAUUUGGUGCCAAAUAUCCUCAUAACGUAUUGGAAUUGUGUUAAAUAUUUCUAGGAUCUUAAAGAUGGACCAUUGUUAUCAAAUGUGGGUUUAAUUUGGUGCCAAAUAUCCUCAUAACUUGCUGGAAUUGUGUUAAAUAUUUUUAGAAUCUGAA